AAAUGGCGGGCGCUGUGUUGGCACCCGGGUUGUGGCUCACGAGGAAACAAAAUGUUGCUCGCUGUGUGAAUUAGCAUGCAAUAACUCUGAAACCCAACGAGAUACUAAGUUUCCAUGAAAUAGUAAGCAGUCAUGUUUAAACUAGAAUCCUACAUAACUCCCUGGUUGCUAGGAUACCUGGAUAAAUAUGUUAAGCUUAAACCAGAAGAUUUCCAGUUAUCCCUCUGGGGAGGAGAUAUCGUGCUUAACAAGCUGGAGCUGCGUACGAACAAACUGGAGCGCAUGAUUCACCUCCCCGUUACCUUUGUCAGUGGUCAAAUACACGAGCUACGAAUUCACGUGCCAUGGACACGACUUGGGUCUGAGCCAGUGGUUGUCACCAUUAACACAAUGGAGUGUAUAUUGAAAAUAAAGGACUCUACCCCUGAGGAGGCCUCCAGCAUGAAGUCAAGUGCCUCAAGUAAACAACUCGCCCAGAAGAAAGCAAAAAUUAAAGCCAAGCAGCUGCAGGAGGCAGAGGCCCUGCCUCCGGGCUAUCUCCAAAGCAUCCUGAACAGAAUCAUCAACAAUGUCAACAUCGUCAUCAACAACCUCAUCUUGAAAUUUGUUGAAGACGACAUUGUUCUGUCAGUGAAUGUCAAGUCUGCAGAAGUGUAUAGCGUGGAUGGUGAUUGGCUGAGAGCAUUUGUGGAUUUAGCGCAGCCAGAUUUGGUGCUGAGGAGGGUGAUUAAUUUCCAUGAUUUGACGGCAUGUUUGGAUAAAAGGAAUGCUAGUGGAAAGAUUGAGACAUAUCAGGACCCCUUGGUCUACAGGUGCUCCGUGAUGUGCAGGAUCCACAUGACCUAUGACAGUCUCCACGCCAAGAUUCCCACCACCACCAUGUUACACAUUAUGUGCGAGAAACUGGAUUUCUCUCUCACAGACACCCAGCUACCGAUGUUUCUUCGUCUCAUCGAGCUUGUCUUGGCACUCUACUAUGGCACGCUGGAACUGCCAUCUGGGCCGUCAGGUUCUGCAGACGAGAAUCGCGAAAACAGUGAAACUGAGAGUCAGGCUGAUAUGUCAGGAGUUCAGAAUGAGACCUCCCAGGAAACACCACCAGAGGGCUCUGCUGAGGAGAGUUGGUCUUCAUGGGCAUGGUCCUGGGUUGCCCCGGCAACAGCCACAGAGGAGGAGGCUAAAGAAGAGGAGGAGGAGCUUAACUUGAAGAAGAAGAAGGACCUGCUGGUGCUUUCUCUGGGAGGGUACAUUAAGAAGGCAUCUCUGGUGUUUAAGCUAACUGACACAGUGACAGAAAGCCCAUACUACAACCCUCAGAAAGUGGUGUUCACUCCUCUGAUGU